GCUCAUGGCUUGCACUGACUGCGCGGCACUGCAGACUGGCACCUCACUCGACCUUUGACUUCGACUCCAUCACGUCGAUACGCACAACUCGAAACUGGUCUCUACGUGCCGUCCUCUUCCGUCCUCCUUUCUUCGUGGUCCUUGCAAAUCUUGACCUUCGUUCGACGACUUCCUCAUGCAACAAUCAUAGCCUAUCAGCCUUAAUUCCCUUUUUAACGUCGAUGACCUGGGGAGUCAUCCGAGUCGAAGAUGCAUAAGAUCAGCAACUUCACUGGCCAGGCUCGCCAUGGCUGGGAACGGAUGACUCCAGCAGCGUUUGGCAUGUCUAGGUUUCACCAGGACAUGUCCACGCCGCAGCCAUUGAGACGUCCUCAAGGCUCACCUGCAAUCGUCUCGCAGCAAUCCGCCGAAUCCACCCCAGUCAAUCUCUCCUUCAAUGUACCUUUUGCCUCGAACCUGGCUGGCCCUGAUCCCGAAGAGAUACUGCAUUCAAGUCCUGGUGCCUGUCAGCGGUGGACAUUUCCCGCAGAGACGCCCGAGGGCACGCCCAUUCACCAGCUGCCUGUGCAUGUACAAAAUGAAGAGAGACUGCGCUCGUUAUGUGCGUACAUAAGUGAUCAGAGUGGAGGUCGGAUACAAGCAACAGUCACUUCAUCCGAGCCCAAGGCUGGUCCCGCAUUGCACAGGAAGUCACAAGGAUUGGUGACCAAUGUUUGCAUUUCAGGUGAAGGAGACCUAGUCUACAAGAUGAGGUCCAAGAUUCUCAACGAGACUCCAAUCCUGAUGCGUUCUGCAAUUGUCGACAUUGACCCAGGUUUGAUACUUGACAGCGCCGAAACUGGAGUCCGAUCUAGCGUGCUCAACCAUAUCGAUCUCUGUGCCAAAUAUACCGGGACCGACAUCUUUCUUCUGAAGCCUAGAAAUGGCGAGACAUCGUCGGCCGGUGCGUCGUACGGCAAUGGCGUGGAUAGCGGACUCGACCAACGAUAUCGAGUGAAUAUCUUCGGAGACAUGGAAAGUGUGGAACAUGCCAAAACCAGAGCUUUGAUGAUGAUCGAUCAGAUUCUCAAGCACAAAAUCGAUGUCAUCAAGCUGGAAGUGACAAUGCAUACUUUAGUUUCCGGGCGGACGGGCAAGAACAUCAAGAUGAUCGAGUCAGCCACAAAGACCGCGAUUUAUUUCCCACCACCAUUUCCCGGAGUCUUCGGAUACGUCCCACCACAUGCCACACGCCGAGCCGCGGACGAAAUCUUCAUCACAGGCGAGACACAGGAACGCAUCAACCAGGCAAAACAGAGGUUGAAAGAGCUGGUCAUAGGCAUUAAACUGUACUCGAAGGAUGCCGUGGUCUCUGCGAGCAAGAUUGACAGCAUAUUGCUUGAUCGAUUGGACAAAGUGCGAAAGAUCAUGGAGACAAAUGGUUCUCACGUACUCUUCCCACAAUUGGCUAGCCAGCGUGGUAUUGUGCGCGUCCAGGGCACCGAAGUACUACAUGUGGAGAGAACGGUGAAGGAGAUCAUGGCUCUAGCCGGCCAAUUCUUCAGUGCUUCAUGGUGGAUUAUGAUGCCCGAUCCAGCACAAGGUCCUGCUAUUCGAGCGCCGUCUCCAGACGACAUUCGUGUCAUGCUGAGUGAUAUUUGUACCAACUCAGGCGCAGAUAUUAGCUUUGAGAAGUUCACCUUCACGAUCAAUGGCUCCGACGACGCUGUCAAAGCAGCAAUGAUGGUCAUUAACCAAAUCCCGUUUGUCAAGCGCACACCGUACCAAAUGCGAGUCAAAAUCGAACUGGCGAAUGAGCACAAGGAGUUCGUGAGCGGCAAGAAGAACGGCAAAAUCAAUAAGAUCAUGGGCCAAAGCAACGUCCAGAUCAUCUUUGAUGGCUUCAACGAAUACAACUUCUACAUUGACGUUGUAGGCAGUCAGUACGAGGCCACCAAAAACGGGCUCGACCUUGUCGAACAAGAAAUGCCGGCCUCCAUCUCUUUCCAUGUGCCUGACCAAUAUCACAAGCGUAUCAUUGGUAUUGGUGGACAGCACAUUCAACGCAUCAUGAAAAAAUAUUCAGUAUUCGUCAAGUUCUCCAAUGCCAUGGAUCGCGGUGGGGCCGGAAAGGACGACGAUGAUAUCAAGGUUGAUAAUGUCAUUUGUCGUACGCCUGCCCGUAACGCGCAGAGCUUGGAUAUGGUGAAGCAGGAGAUUAUGGAUAUGGUGGAGAAAGUUGAUGCCGAGUUUGUCUCCGAGACGGUAGUCAUAAAUCGUCUCUAUCACCGCGAAUUGAUCGGUCGGCUGCCGGAAAUCGAGGAUCUGGAGAAGAAAUGGAACUGCAAGAUUGACUUUCCUAACACUGAACAAGCCAGUGACAUUGUCACCAUAUCCGGUCCUGAAUAUCAAGUACCACAAGCAGUAGACGCAUUCCUCGGCAUGGUGCCUGAAAGCCAUGAGAUUGCCUUCCAAAAGGCGGACGACCUGGACAACUUCUUCACCACUCCGGAAUUCUACAACGAGCUACGGCAGAAGUUGAGAGACCAAUAUGAAGUGGACGUCCAUGCCAAUCCAGAAGUCAAUAGCCUGCCAAAGUCCGCCACCGCAUCUGUCGAGCGCAUUGUCAGUCCUUCUGAAGGCCGCCUCGUUCUGACUUACACUCGGAAUAAUGCUGGUGGACUCAAGGACGCCAUUGACUACCUCAUCUCUCAACUCGUGCCACACGGCCUCGAUGCCUCCACAGUGAAAGGGGCGAUUCCUCGUCCCAAGUCAGACUCCUUUGAGGAUUCGCUCCCCUUCUUCGACUCGAAGCUCCUGCAGAAUGCGCCGUCCCUCCACUCGACCGACUCCCCAACGCGAUCAAGUUUUGCCGACGGAGACAGUACGCCGGUGUCUGAGCGAGCGUCUCUGUUUGACCGCCUCCGCAAGCCAGGCAGCAUUACGUCCUUCUCAUCCUUCAUGAGCCGCAAAAACCAGAAUAACUCUCCAGGAACCUUCUUCAAACACGCUUCCUCCAAUGCGAGCAAGGCGUCACUGAUCUCUAUGGAGAGCCGUGAAAGUGGCUAUCGGAAUUUCUGGAAUGACAGCGGUGUCAAUCUCCCCGAAGAAGACGUCUCUGCUUCUUCGCUCAGUGGUGGCUGGCCAUCGCGAUACGAAAAUAAAUUCCCGUUCGGAACAGGCAGUGCUGCGCCGGGAGACAGGACACCCAAGCAUGAGCACCCUCGUGCUAGUUUUGACUCGGGAAGACCUCCAACGUCGCACUCGUUCUCUUCCUACCAAGGUCCCAUGGGGCCACAUCAUCACAACCCGAUGUUGAGUGGCACCAACGGAUCGAACAACCAUUUGAAUCUUCCGCUGCGCUAGACAAGUCUGUGAUGCUCGGAAAACGACUAUGAUACCCAACAUGGAUACGGAGAUCAUGAUUUAUCUGUUCUUAUGUGCAGCAAGAUACGAUACCCUCUAUGCUUCAACGAAAACUAAAAGGUGGAAGCCAGCGAUUUUUGGUGUGUCGCUCGUGAUGCAAAUCAAGCGUGAUUUGACUAUGUCUGUUACUUGGUUAUUGUUGGUGAUGGAAUGCACCGAACAGGAUCUUGGUGCAUUCAAUAACACUCCUUAUGUUCUUGCGUUUGGAAGAUGAGAUACCCAGCACGUUCUUCUUCAGGCGGUUGUUGCAACUUCUUGCUACUUGAUAGCCAUGCGAUGGAAAAGCUAUGAUUGCUUCAGACGGCCAUGCCAAAGAACAAGAUACUAUACCCCAGCAAGCUUUUUAGAAAAUUGUGUAUGCGAAUGAAAGAUUUUAGGUCCAU